AUGGCUGAUGAAGAAUACAAAGCCUUAACUUCUACGCUUCUGGCGUUCUAUAGCUAUGGGAAGUAUACCUUCCAAGACUUGAUCGCACCGAGAAGAGUUAAAGUUAAUUCGAUACCUCCGAAAGAUCUAGAACUAAUUCCUUGGUACCCUAAGCACCUAGAGAAUCUCACUGAAUGCUUGCAUAUGAAUGAAGAUUUCACUAAGAAAUUGGCAUUAUCAGUAGCUGAGGACUGGGGUGCUCCAUCAGAUCCAAGUCAAUGGGCUGAACCUCAAACUCAAGAUUUCGAUAAAGUGAGAUCUAUCUUGCUUCAGUUGACUAGAGAAUGGUCUGAAGAUGGUGCCAGUGAACGUAAUGUAGCAUUCGACAAAGUGAUCGACGAAGUUUGUGGCUUAUACCCCGAUAUCAGUACAAGACAGGGUGUUAAGGUGUUAAUUCCUGGCUGUGGAACUGGUAGACUAGUGUUCGAAUUUGUCAAGCGGGGGUUUUGGUGUCAGGGCAAUGAGUUCAGUUACCAUAUGCUUUUAGCGUCCAAUUUCGUCUUGAACCACUCCUUUGUAGCUCAUAAUUAUUCAAUUUUUCCAUUCAUACAUAAGUUUUCUAAUCUAAUUAAGAGAUCAAACCAGAUCCGGCCCAUUACAAUCCCAGACAUUAACCCUACUGAGAUUACUGAUUUAGAAAGAGCGAACCCCUCGAUUCCAUAUACUGACUUAAUGUCAAUGACUGCAGGAUCUUUCGUUGAUUUGUACGGACCCGAGGACCUCAAUGUUAUCAACGAUACAUAUUCUGACGAUGACCAGGCCAAGCAAUUCCGAUCUGCCAACAGUGAAACGUUUGAUGUGCUAGUUAGUUGUUACUUUUUAGAUACUGCAUCUAAUAUCAUUGAAUAUCUCAAGGCUAUUCAUCAUACCUUGAAGACCGGUGGGGUUUGGAUCAACUUUGGUCCCCUCCUAUGGCAUUUCGAAGAAGACGGCAAUAUGACUUACAUCACCAGGAAGAAUGAGGACGGUCAGGAUGAAAAAGUUCCAAGCGCCAUGAAGGGCUUUGAAUUGAGCAGAGAAGACUUGUUGGAGUUGGUUGAGAAAAUUGGAUUCACCAUUGAGAAAGUCGAGGACGAAAUACCGACAAACUACUGCACGGAUCCCAGACUGUUAGGUGGUUUCGAGUAUAAAUGUGUUUACUGGGUCGCCCGGAAGAUAUGA